AUGUUACCUAGGGUACUUUGCAAUCUCUACAACUUGCAGACAUUACUAUUGUCAAAUUGUUCCUCACUCCUUGAAUUGCCUGUAGACAUUAGAAAAUUGAUUAAUUUACAGAAAUUGACAUUGGGCGGUUGUAGUUCUCUUAAUAAAUUGCCUGCAGGCAUGAAGGAGUUGACUAAUUUGCAUCAUCUUGAUGUCAGUGGAACUAAAAUUGAAGAGAUGCCGGUGCAAAUGGGUAGACUGAAAAGUUUGAGAACAUUGACUGCAUUUGUUGUGGGCAAAUCUACUGGGUCAGGCAUAAGAGAACUGAGGGAGUUCCCGCAACUUCGAGGAAAACUAUCAAUUUUGAAGCUACAAAAUGUAGUUGAUGCGAGGGAUGCACUGCACGCCAAUAUGAAGCACAAGAAAGAUCUCAAGGAGUUAGAGUUUUCAUGGGGUGCGAAGGAUGCUGAUGAUUCCCGAAAGGAGAAAGAUGUACUCGACAAGCUCCAGCCUUGUGUGAAUUUGGAGAAAUUAACCAUCAGAUUCUAUGGUGGAACCAAUUUUCCGAAUUGGUUAGGAGACUCAUCUUUUUCUAACAUACAAGUCAUGCAUCUCAGUGACUGUAGUUAUUGUUGGUCGCUCCCACCAGUUGGGUGGCUACCGGCACUCAAAGAACUCUGUAUAGAAAGAAUGAAGUUUGUGCAGACGAUUGGCGUUGAAUUCUAUGGCAGAAAUGGAGCUAAUCUGACUCAGCCAUUUCAAUCUCUGGAGAAGCUGGAGUUUAGGGAGAUGCCAGAGUGGGAGGAAUGGGUUCCAAGUGGAAGUGCAAGUGGAGGUGAAUAUGGUCCAGACUUUCCUCAUCUCCGGGAGCUGAUUCUAAACAAGUGUCCGAAGCUGAGAGGAAGUUUGCCUUGUGAGUUGCCUUGCUUGAAGAAGCUUACGGUGUAUGGGUGUGACGUUUUACAUGAUGGAAGGGCCACUACCACAACUACCAAUAGUCUUAACUAUAAAUCUCUUGAAGAAUUGGAUAUAAGUGGUGGAUGCCAAACUCUGUUAUCAUUAUUAGAGACAAAGCUCCUGUCCCGACUUGAGAUUGAAAAUGUUGUUGACGUACAGUGCUUGCCCAACUGCAAUCGUCUUCAAAGUUUGACUCUUCGGAAUUGUCCAACGCUGUGGUCUUUCCCUAAAGAUGGCCUACCCACUACAUUGACAUCACUUACUAUAUGCCAUUGUAGGAGAUUAGAAUUCCUACCUCAUGAGAUGUUGGCCAAAUUAACAUCGCUUGACUCUUUGCGUAUAAUAGAGAGCUGUGAUUCAAUGAGGUCCUUCCCGUUGGGCAGUUUUCCCAAAUUGACGAAGCUUCAAAUUUGGGAUUGUGAGAAUCUGGAAUCCCUUUCCAUUGAUGAGAAUCUCAGCCAUCUCAGUUACUUUUUUGUCCAGGGAUGCGCGAAUUUGAAAUUCCUCGAACGCCUUCACACCCUCACAGCCCUUCGAUCUUUGUCGAUUUCGAAUCUUCCCAAUCUGGAGUCAUUUGCAGAAGAUGGGGGUUUGCCUCCCAACCUCCGAUAUUUUUACAUUCGGAAUUGUAAGAGACUGAGGGCUUCAUCAGUGGGAGAGUACUGGGGUUUGCAAGCACUUGUCUCCCUUGAACAAUUUCAUAUAAGUGGAAAUGACCGUGUCAUGGAGACGUUGCUCAAGGAACAGCUGCUCCCUACCACUCUUCACACUCUCAUCAUCUAUUCUCUAUCAACUCUGAAAUCUUUGGACGGAAAGGGUCUUGGACACCUCACUUCUCUUCAAGAGCUAGAAAUUACAUUGUGUCCAAGUCUGGAAUUCCUGCCAGGAGAGGAACUUCAACACCUCACUUCUCUGAGUAUUAUUUGGUGUGACAGUCUCCGAUGCUUGCCAGAAGACAGUUUGCCGCCAUCUCUUCAAAGGCUACAGAUCCACGGAUGUCCUGCUCUGGAGGGAAGGUAUAAUAAUAAGACGGGACAAGAUUGGGCCAAGAUAUCUCACAUUCCUUGCAUCGAGAUAGGCAACCAAGUGAUCAUAUAA